AGAGGCCAUGUCCUGCAGUGAACCUGAGCCCGGGAAAAACACCACCACACUCGCCUGUGAUAGCGGGAUGUCCCCGUCAAGCUUGGCGGAGCAGCAGAAUGCUCCACAACUGCGGGAGAGACCAAUAUGGGCACCGUGCCGUCAGAAGUUCGGCUCCCGGCUGCAUCGCCACAAACACCCAGAUCGCGGUCUGCACAGGGUCAUCACCCCCUCCAUGACUCACCCCACGGGAACAUACAGGGCUUGCAUACGAAGCUGCUGA